AUGCCUCUACGCUCAGUCCCAUGUUCGGAGCCAGUUCGUGGGAGGGGUGAACAACUAGUCCCUGGGGAAGGAUCGUCUGCCUCUAAUCGUCGAGACACACCAACAUUCUCUAUCCGACCAUGGCAUGGUAUGUUUUAUUCCACAUCUCAUUUCUCAGAAUGGGCUAUGAUAGGUCCGGGUGGACGUUUUAAUCGUAAUGAGAGUUGGGUACAAAGUACUCUGUUGCAAUUUGAUAUGCCGCGCCACUGGGAGUACGCGGUCCCGACACGGUAUACUACCCCAGGCAAUCGUGGUGUGGGAUGGCAUGCUGUAUAUCGAGCAUCCCUCGAUUAUGGGCUUCGUUUACCAUUUCCGACGUGGCUAUGUGAUGUGAUGCGGAGAUCUCAUUUGACGUUAAGCACGGUGACACCGGGAUUUUGGACACUUGUUGCUGCUUUUUGUUUGGGUUGUCACAGGGCCGGUGUGUCACCCUCAGUAGAACUUUUUUAUGCAUGCUUCUACCUUCGUGGUGAAGCUACUGGAUGGUCUCUUCAUAGUAGAUCUAAUGCACUUGGCCUCGUGACUCCAUAUGGUCGUGCAGACCGGGGUUGGGAACGUGAGUUUUUCUAUUUCUUUCCAGCUUCAGGUGAACUUUCAUCUGAGGGUGUUAUGAUCCCUACUGAAUGGAGGGAUAUCGAGUUGGAAGGACUUCACAGACAAGCAGUACGUAGAGAAUACGUAGUACAAAGAGAUCUAGCCGCCAAAGUAAAAAGGAUAUCAGAAGGAGGGCGGAUUAACGUUGAGACUCCUGAGGCUCGGGCUAUCCUCUUUUUCACGGUUUAUAAUGAUGCCUACUCGCAUUUUAGAGCAUGCAUGGAAAUUCAAGAGAAUUCCCGAUUUACUGCGAGAUUACCGCCGCCAGCUCCCCGUCCUCAAAGUGGUGUGGUGAUCCGUGAAAUUUCCGAGGAGCCCGAACCAGCAAUGACGACUUCGAUUGGUAGUCAAAACAAACGAGUGCGUCGCUCGUCUCCAUAUCGAGGCAAGAAUUAUGAUUCAAGAAGGAAAUUCGAGGCUAGUAGCUCGAGUCAUUCUGCCCGCGGGGGCGAUCACGGUCGUUUUCAGAAGGCGAGAGCAUAUCAUAACUCAGAGUCCCAUCGCCAGGGUGGUCAAGGCACCCCUGGUAGAGGAAGGACAGAUGUCCCACUUUUUAUGAACUACCAUACCUUGCGUGAUAUCGGGAAUCAAUUUCCUCCUCUUGAAGGCGAGGCUGCCGGUGUUUGCUUUGCAUUAUCGCAAAACCAGAUGAAUCAAUAUGCCGCCGAGAUGGAGAGGCGCGUAGCAAGAGCAAGGGCAGAAGUUAUGACAGCUCAACAAAAUGUUGUACGCGUAGAGCAUGAUCUUCGUAAUCAAACUAGGAAAGUGGAAGAAGCAAGGGGUCGUGCUAGCGAGGUUGAGGCACUCCUCCGCGAAGUUUGA